UGUGUGAACCUAACAGGAUGCAAGAGGCCAUCUGAGCUGCACUUUUCAAACCCACAGGAACCCCUCCUCUACCAUGUCCUGAGAACAAAGCCUCCUCCAGUCAUGUUGAUAAGGUGGAUCUUGUUGUGCAGCCUUCUAGUAAGGCUGGCUCAGAGCAACAAUCAGGAUUCUGAAAAGUCUGCAAACAUCACCACACCUUCAGCAAAACUUUUAGAUGCCUCUACUAAGUCAAAAGAACAUGGAAAAAACAAGACAUUGCACAUUAUUUAUGCUUCAGUACCCGUGGGUCUGUGCUGUCCAUUCAUCUUCAUAUGCGUGUUUUGGAGUCUAAGGAGGUACUAUGGAAAGCAUAAGAGAACUCCAUCAACACCACAGAGACAAGAGAGCCGGGUCAGAAGUCCAUCAGCUUUUCCAUCCCAUGCUGCUGGGACAACUCCAGCUACAGAUGAAAGCUCCUCACUUUACUGCUCCAUGUGUAGCCCACCUCAGCUCUUGCCUGUCAACAAGAUUUAUGACAGCGUUCCUCACUGUAAUGCUCAGGAGACAGCAUCUAACUCACCUCAUAAUGAUCCUUCCAUCCCAGCUUCACUUGAAAACCAAGAUGUCCUCAUAUAUGCAUCACUAAACCAUUCUGCUUCUACAAAUAAAUACCAGAGAAGGAAACUCCCUAUAGAAAAUGAAUUUAUAGAAUAUGCCUCUAUUAAGGUAAAUAAAUAAACAUGGCAGACUUCACCAAACAGCCAUUUUGUGCGCAGUCUCAGGUUUAUCUUCCCUCCAGAAUACCUUUCCUUUCUUUCGCAGGAAAACUUUCCUUUUGUUUAGAAGAACCUGUGAAUGCUCCCCCACUGCAGACAGGAAUUCAAAACACAGCCUGUGUCAUGCAGAUGGCUGGGUAAUUGCACUGGGUAUUCGUCUCUUAAAUGGCGGAAUUAAAGGAAACACAGCCAGCUUUCAUGUUCUUCCUUUGCUCAGGAUUCUGCUUCCAGCCUGACCUUUUGUUGUGGUUUGAACAGAGGCAAAGGGGAAGAGAAGGGAGGGCUUUCUCAGGUCAUAAACUUGUAAAACGAAUCCAUGAGGAAGAUGAUAAUGAGCCAAAUUAAUUCCUCCAAAGUAAAUACUAAAAAUACGCGGGGGAGAAAUUUUCUCUGAGGUUCUAAGAACACCCUUACCAAGAUCCUCCUUCUCAUUCCAGUUUAUCUCCUUGCAAAAUUCCUUGAACAUCAUGAAGACAUAAUCCUCUUAUUAACUGAAAUCAUG